GAGAGAGAGAGGGAGAGAGAGAGCGAGAGCGAGGGAGGGAGGGAGGAGAUGAGAGGAAGCUGCAAUAAACACACAGGGCGGCUGCGCCUCUAAGUAGGACAAUAAAGUGAGGACGGCAUCAAUGCGCUAACAAUGGAUUUAUCAGACAUGCUUCUUCUCAAAGUGUUCCUCUUCGCCUACUUACUGAACUACACCCAAGGACACUACAGAAACCCCCUGAACAAGUACAUCCGUCACUAUGAAGGCCUGUCCUACGACACAGAGCUUGUGCACAGCAAGCAUCAGAGGGCCAAGAGGGCGGUCACUCACGAAGACAAGUUCCUUCAUUUAGAUUUUCAUGCCCAUGGAAGGCAUUUUAAUCUACGGAUGAAGAGGGAUACCACCUUGUUUUCCCAAGAUUUAAAGGUAGAUGUUUCAGGAGAAGAGAUUCCUUAUGAUACGGCUCAUAUCUACACUGGAGAAAUCUAUGGAGAGAAAGGUACCCUGACUCAUGGCUCCAUUGUGGAUGGUAAGUUCGAGGGCUUCAUUCAGAGCUACCAGGGCAACUACUACGUGGAGCCUGCAGAGAGAUACUUGGAGGGCAAAGAUGUGCCUUUCCACUCUGUCAUUUACCACGAAGACGACAUACACUACCCGCACAAGUAUGGCCCAGAAGGAGGCUGUGCUGAUAGCUCAGUGUUUGAAAGGAUGAAGAAGUACCAGACAUCUGCCAUAGAUGAGCCACCCAAGGAGCUCUACGCUGAGGCAGGUUUUAACGAACCUGUGCUGCUGAGGAAGAGGAGGAUGGCGCAGGCUGAGAAAAACACCUGCCAGCUUUUCAUUCAGACUGACCAUCUCUUCUUCAAGUACUACAAGACCAGAGAGGCUGUCAUUGCUCAGAUCUCCAGUCACGUCAAGGCCAUUGAUGCCAUUUACCAGGGCACUGACUUUAUGGGCAUUCGUAACAUCAGCUUCAUGGUGAAAAGGAUCAGGAUAAACACCACCAAUGUCGAGAGGGACAGGUCCAACCCAUUCCGCUUUUCAAAUAUUGGCGUGGAGAAGUUCCUGGAGCUCAACUCUGAGCAGAACCAUGACGACUACUGCCUCGCUUACGUUUUCACAGACCGAGACUUUGAUGACGGAGUGCUGGGCUUGGCCUGGGUGGGAGCCCCCUCAGGGAGCUCUGGAGGCAUCUGUGAAAAAAGCAAGCUCUACUCAGAUGGAAAAAAGAAAUCUCUCAACACUGGUAUAAUCACCGUACAGAACUAUGCCUCCCACGUACCCCCCAAAGUCUCCCAUAUCACUUUUGCACAUGAAGUAGGACACAACUUUGGCUCCCCGCAUGACUCUGGAUCUGAGUGUACCCCCGGGGAAUCUAAGAGCCAAGACAAGAAGGAGAAGGGCAAUUAUAUCAUGUAUGCAAGAGCCACAUCAGGAGACAAGCUCAACAACAAUAAGUUCUCCAUCUGUAGCGUUCGCAACAUCAGCCAGGUGCUGGAGAAGAAGAGAGGCAACUGCUUUGUUGAGUCUGGUCAGCCCAUCUGUGGUAAUGGUCUGGUGGAGCCAGGAGAGGAGUGUGACUGCGGCUACAGUGAUCAGUGCAAGGACCAGUGCUGCUAUGAUGCCAACCAGGCCGACAACAAGAAGUGCAAAUUAAAGUCAAACAAAGUUUGCAGUCCCAGCCAAGGUCCUUGUUGUACGGCCGAUUGCUCUUACAAGGGUCGUAAUGACAAGUGCAGAGAGGAGUCAGAGUGUGCUCACCAGGGCAUGUGCAACGGAGUCAGUCCUCAGUGCCCCACAUCUGAGCCCAAAGCCAACUUCACCGCCUGCCACGGAGAGACACAAGUCUGCCUCAACGGGGGCUGCUCCGGUUCCAUCUGUGAAAAGUAUGGGCUUGAGGCGUGCACCUGUGCCAGCCAAGAUGGCAAGGACGAAACCGAGCUCUGCCACGUGUGCUGCAUGGAGAAGAUGAAUCCUAACACGUGCAGCAGCACCGGAUCAGAGCGGCUGGCUCGUUUCUUUAAUAAGAAAGUGACCACACUGCCGGCCGGCUCACCUUGCAACGAUUUCAAGGGUUACUGUGACGUGUUCAUGAAAUGUCGACUGGUGGAUGCAGAUGGGCCGCUGGCCAGGCUAAAGAAGGCCAUCUUCAACCCUGAGCUGUAUGAGAACAUUGCAGAGUGGAUUGUGGCUCAUUGGUGGGCAGUGUUGCUGAUGGGUAUUGCCCUCAUCAUGCUCAUGGCUGGAUUUAUUAAGAUCUGCAGUGUGCACACACCGAGCAGUAACCCCAAACUCCCCCCUCCCAAACCACUUCCAGGCACUUUGAAGAGGCGGCGAGCGCAGCAGCACGCUAACUCCCAGGUGCAGCACCAGUCUCAGCACCCGCACUCCCACCCGCACGGCCACGCCGGGCACGGGGGCCAGCGGCAGCCCCAGAGGCAGCCCCAGCGACAGGCGCAGCCCCAGAGGCACCACCGUCAGCCCAGAGAAAACUAUCAGAUGGGCCAGAUGAGACGCUGAGACCCUGCGGACACCACCUCCCCCCCACACCUCCCCCCAAUGCCUUGGCUCCUCCUUGUGCCUACAGUGGGAAACAAAAGCGUCACUCCAUCCAAAGAAAAGCCUGACAUGGUUGUUAGUCACUACCAUAUCCUCCAUCUACAGACAAAACGGACACGUGGAAAAGAGAAAACACUAUCUAGCAACUCAAUUGGCUCUUUGUGGAGUUGACUCGACCAUCAGCCAUUUCCAAUGCAGUGCGAUCUAGCAUCUCCACAUUUUUUCUUUUUCUUUCUUUCUUUUUUUUGAAGGAGUGCCAAGGAGUUAAGGAUUAAUGUGUAGCUUUAGUACAUUCUGUGAAGUGUUUAUUUUAUUUUUAUUUUUUUUCCGUUGAGUGACACACCCGUGGCUGCUGGUAAAUUGUUCUGUGCUUUUCUUUUGACACUCAAGCCAGAAAUGAGAGACACUCAGAGAGGAUUUGCGGCACUUUUUGUGAUUUACACAUGUCAAACGGCAAAAGACACAGGCUCCGGUCUCUUGUGCAGACAGUCUUCUGCAUGUGACUGUACAUAUUUAGUGUAUCAUAAGUGAAAACAAACUAUUUCUUCUACUGUAAAUGUGUAAUUCUUCACUUUUUUUCUUUUUAUUGUUUUGGUUAGUGCUCUCAGGACUCUUUAACACAUGAAUGAAGGAAUGAUGGUCGUGAGGAGUUCCUUGGAUGUCGCUGCUGAGGAUUUGAGGCCGUCAAGUUCUCUCCGCGGUCUUCCAGUCAGGUGGAUCUCUCUCACGUUUCGAUUGCAAGGUUCCAGAUUUGAACAACAAGGUCACCAUAUCCCGCAUUCUAGGCCUUGUUUGUUUAAGGUCCCCCUUUCUUCAUAUUUUUUUAAAAAACUGUCUUGCUAACAUCACAUUUUGCAAAUGUCGCAUAACAAGCUAGAUGAGGUUUGGAAUCACGGGAACAGAAAGGAAGGUACACCUUUUUAUUGUCUUUACUGUUUUUGAUGAAGAAGAAUGAAUAACCACUAAAUGAAGCUUAAGAUGAUUCUACCUGUUAUGAAAACAAGGGAAAGUGAAGACUGCUUAGUUUAGAAAUGAGAGUGUGUCAUGUUUCAGAGUUAGCUUAUGUGGGUGUGGAAGUAAAUUGAAAAAUGACUCCGGUGUGGAUGUACAAAAAAAAAUGUAAGAUGAAAACAUUCUAUUAUUCUUCAAGAUAGCGAAUCUAAGAACUUUUCAAUGUGGGCAUGCAGACACAUUUAUUAAAUGUGACUAUUAAUUGACCAAGGUCUGUAAUGUUUGUAUGUCACUCAACACUAUUUACUUUGACAAAUAUUAAUGUUAGUCUUAAAACAAAGUGGAAGGAGCCGUGUAUCGCAGCAGUGUUGUCACAUUAUUCACUAACACAUUCCUCUGUGUUCACUAGUUUCACAGGAGACGAGCAGCUGUUGUUUUAGUUUUCUUCAAAAACUCACGUGCAGUUUUCUCCUGGUCACAUCGCAUCAUGGACUGAAACCCAUUUAGAGACCGUGAGCGCAGGCCCUAAUGUGAGUUUACAUCAGCGUGCCAUAAAACUUUAGAAAAGCUGAUUUUUGUUCAUUGUUAAGGUUUCUGGAGGAAAUGAAGGAGAUGGGAUUGUUUCUGUGGGAGAGAUGUUUUCUUCUUCCUCUCGGUGCAGGAGGUGGAUUUGGGAAAGCGAUUAUACCAGUUGGAAGGGUGUGAUAAAUCUGGUCAUGAUCUAUUAUGCAGAAUCUUUAUUUAUGAUGCAAAGGUUUUACACACCAAAAAUAAUUUGGCGUGUAGAUUUGCACAAGCAUUAAAAGGCAGAGUUUCAAAUUAUACAUUCAGCAAAUUUCUGCUCGGGCUAUGGCGUCAUUAUUUUUAAAAGCAUGCACUGCGAAUCUGAAAUAACAUUGAUGCACACGGUCCUGAUGGUUGUAGUAAUCAAACGCGGGCUCUGAAGGGGACAUGAAAAUACUGUGUCUCGCGGUUUCAUCCAUUUCACACAGCAGGUGAUUCAGGCAGGUCGGCUGUUGCUACAACUUCCAACGUCUGUACAAAAUGGAGCUCUUUUUAAAUUUCACCGUCUAGGCUGCGUCGCGCCCAUUAGGCCUAGAAAACCCUACGUGUAAAACUUGUACAGUACUUCGGAAAAAUUUGGAUUUCAUUUGAAGAUGAAAACGACAUUUUGAUACAUCAGUUUCAUUUUUUGUAUUCUAAUUCCAGAGUAAAUUGUUCAAAGAUGUUCAUAUGUGACAAACUUUCCUCUCCUCUAAGUUAUUUAUGUUCUUUCUAUGUGCUAGUUGAACUGAUUUGCUUACGAUGAUACGUUUUCUCCACCAUCAUCAAUGGUUAAAACAAAUUCAGUGUGAUGGAGUUAAUGUUACAUUCUCAUUUUUGUCUUUGUUAUCCUGUGGCAUGGUUUGGGUAGACGAACAGAAGAAAUAAUGCCUGUAAAUUUACUUUUUCUUUUUAAUUUCGUAGUCUUGGUAAAGUUUUUAGAUAAACGUGCACUGAAAAUGUCCAAAUUGAGUUGAAAUGUGGUAGGUGAUGUAGGCCGAAAGAACACAAGAUUAAAAAGUAAUACUACUGUCUGAUUUUAAUGUUCACUGUGUUUUAUACAGUAUCGGAAAUUUUUGUUCACUUUGAACAUUUUUACUAAAAAAAAAAAAAAUUUCAAAUUGUAUUGUGCAAAGAGAUGUAAUUUUUGGAGUACUUGAAAUGCAUUAAUUAAAAGACUCAUUCAAAAUAAAAUAGACCCCUGUUUACUGUCUGUAAAGUGUGCAGUCUUUGGUUUUUAUUGUUUGUGUGGUGCAGUUUUAGUCGUGUGUUCUGAGGUCUGAUUUAACACAUAAACAUGAAUGAACAACAGCUUGUGUUACAAACUGGUGUGAGCUUAUAGAGAUGUGGACAUUUUCACAGACGGGACGUGUUGGAUUUCAGUGUUUUUGGAACAAAUUGGGAUUAAAAGUGAAAAUGUUUCUCCUGCAAUGAUUCUGUCUGUUGUUUUUGUAAUUUAUUUCUCUAAUAAGCACCACAAUCAUAGUCACAGCUGCUGUAGCUGAGAGCAUCUGCACACUUGAGUCUUUCCAGAGAUCAUUUAUCGAGGGCGAAUGUUCAGGUCUCUGAAAUAGAAAUAAAUUCGCUCUGUGGAGAUCAGAUUGUGCCGAUGCUUUUUUUUUUUAUCUUAAUAUUUAUUUUACUGAAAUAUCUGUAUGCUGCAAUUCCCCCCAACUUUAUUGAUAUGAAAAUCCUCUUGAAUAAUCAAUUGAAAGGUUAAAAGUGUAAAUACAAGUUGUUUUGAUAGAUUCAAAUGUAAAUGAGUUACGACAUUUUCAAUUUCUU